CAAAGAACAAGUUCUUGCUCUCUCUGAAAAUCAAUCUCUCUGAAUCAAAAUCUCUGCAAAUAUUCAUUCUAAUAAUAAUAAUAAUCUCAAUCGAUCUUUCUGCCUCUUAUUAUAAUUCUUUAUAUAUAUAUAUUUUGUUUGUAUAUUUGUUAUUAUUUUCAGGUACUAUGGAUACGGCUACAAAGACGUCUUCAUCUUCAACUGUUUCGAUUGCGUCACCGAACUUUGCUGUUGUCAUGUGUAUCAUUCUAGCUAUUUUGUCCUGUAACAGUAUUAGCACUUUUCUUUUGCUGUUAUGCGGGCAUGUUGCGAUUCUUUCGGGAUUUCUUAUUUUACUUGGUUCAAUGGAACCCAAGGAAGAGAUAACGUCGCUUGAGGAAAUGGAUGUUGAUGAUGCUCAAAUGAUCGAUCAGAUUCCUGUUUUUAUGGCGCAUUAUGAAACAAUGCAUGUUGAUAUGGAUGUAACCUCUGCAUCUUCAUCUCAUCCAACAAUUGUUUUGGGUACAGAAUAUCCACCCGUGCCUGCCAGAAAACAGGAAAUGCCCGCUCUAAUAUCACUGAAGCCCACCAUUCUGGCCAGAGAAGUUCCAGUCCGUACUGAAGAUUCACCAAUAUGUAAAUCCUCGACGUUUGAGCUCAAGCUACCAAUCCCUGCCAAGAAACUACCGUCCCCUGCCAUUAUGACGAAAAAGAUGCCAGUUCCAAGUGGAGAACUGCCAAUAAGUGUAUCCUCUGCUUCUAUGCCUAAACCGCUGUACUGUGCCAAAAAAAAGCGGGUCCCUGUCCGAAACCUGCUGGUCCGUACCAAGAAACCGCAGGUCCUUGUCCAAACACUGCUGGUCCGUACCCAGAAACCACGGGCCCCUGUCCAAACACCGCUUGCCCCUACCCCAAAACCACCGGUCUCUGCCCAAAAACUACAGGUCCCUGACCACAAACUGCUCCCUGCCCCAAAACCACAGGUUGCUACCCAAAAUCUGCGGCUCCCUGCCCCAAAACCGCCUUCUUCUCGAACAUCACAGGUUGCUACCCAAAAACCGCAUGUCCCUAUCCAAAAACCACGAGUCCCAGCCCAAAAACUACGGGUCCCUGACCAAAAAGCACUCCCUUCCCAAAAACCACAGGUUGUUACCCAAAAUCUGCGGGUCCCUGCCCAAAAAUCACUGUUCUCUGUCCAAACACCGCUUGCUCCUACCCAAAAACCACCUGUCUCUGCCCAAAAACUACUGUUCCCUGACCAAAAACCGCUUCCUGUCCAAAAACCACAGGUUGCUACCCAUAACCUGCGGGUCCCUGCCCAAAAACCGCCCUCUUCCCGAACAUCACAGGUCGCAACCCAAAAACCACAGGUCCCUAUCCAAAAACCACGGGUCCCUGCCCAAAAAAUACGGGUCCCAGACCAAAAACCACUCCCGUCCCAAAAACCACAGGUUACUACCCAAAAUCUGCGGGUCCCUGCCCAAAAACUGCUCUCUUCCAAAAAAUCCCAGGUCGCUACCCAAAUACCACAGGUUUCUGUCCGAAAACCACGAUUCCCUCCCAUCCUGGCCAGAAAACCAUUAGUUCCAAUCGUAUUACCAUUACGUGCUUCCACUAAUUCUGAGGUCAAACUGCCACAUGCUAAAAUACCUCAUAAAUUUGUUUCUUCUACUUGUGAGCUCAACCGACCUGUGCUUCAAUGGAAGUUCUAAUUUCAAAUCAUUCUUUGACCUGAAGACAAUGGUGAACAGGGCUUGCAGCUGAGCUACAAGCAAAGCCGUACUACCUAUACAGCUAGGGAUGUUCUUCUACGCAUGAUUUUGCUAUAUUUGGUAGAUAUUAGCUGGUUGAAACUUAAUUUUCUACUUGUAUUUGUAGGCCACAAAGAGUGCAUGCAGCUCAACAGAUCAUCUUCAGUUGUUGGAUGUGGGACCAACUUCAGUUAUAGCUAAGCAAAUAUAAGGGUACCGCUUGUGGUUCACUUGUUUUUGGGGCUUUAGGAAUCCUAUUCAGUUUGAAACAAGCAAGUAUAUCUGUUGGGAUUGCACUUCAAAAGAAUUCCUCUUAGCAUUGCUUUUGUCUCUAUGUGCCCUAAACCAACAUUAAAUGGAUCAUGCUAUUAUUUUUGUGCUGUAAGCAACAAGCUUUUGUCUUAUGUACAAACAAGCGCCGAAUGGGCUAAUCUGUAGUGCAAGAUAAAUAUGACUGCCAUGUAUAAAAGGUGUUUCAUGAUUUUGAUGUUGUCGUGGUGGAAAGUUCUAUCAAGGAGUUGUUAUUGUUCAGUUUAGUAGUUGUCGGCAUGCUGCAGGUAUUUGCAUGCUGCAGAUUACUUGGAAUCUUCCACGUCCAGGAACUGUUAUGACGUAGAGGAAUGUGGUUGUCAUCCCCAGUUCUUUAAUUACGGCCCAACUCCAGGUAUGUCAAAAUAAGAAAAACCUAGAAUAUGCACUUCACUUUAUAUUUAAAGCAUAAUUUGGAUUUAGUAUUUGAACCAACUUUCUUUUGACAUGUUAGCCAUUCUGCUGUUGUGAACUACUUUUUCAAUGUGAAGGGUGCUCUGCAAAC